UGUCAAAGUUACAUUAUUUCUAACCUAUAUCAUUUUUACACAGAAUUUAUAAAAAUGUUUAGAAAUCUUCUAAAUAAACUAAGACCAAGUAUUUCGUGUGGUAUCCACACAACUGCCAGUCUAAAUGAAGUCCAACUCUUGACCCGACUUCGCGUGGUGGAUAACUCGGAAAUCGGCAAACGGGCUAUGGCCGAGGGAAAACCACCAAAAGUUAUCUGUGUUUACAACAAGAAACGAAUUGGUUGUAUUGGUGAUAGAGUGAUGGUUGCCAUCAAAGGACAAAAGAAGAAAGGCAUUCUUGUAGGACUGAAACAAACUCAAAAAGUGAAGGUUCCAAAAUUCGACAGCAACAAUAUUGUUCUCAUAGAUGACAGCGGCACUCCACUCGGCACAAGGAUUCAUGUUCCAAUACCAACUAUACUACGCACAAUACUUAAAGAGAAAACACACUCUAAAGGGGCAGAUUACACCAAAUUGUUGAGCAUAGCAACCAGAUUUGUUUAAUUGUAAUUUAUAACUUUUAGCUAAUAGGUACCUAGUUUUGUUUAGUAAAUAAUUUUAUUUAAAA